CCUGGGGAUCUCCUCUUGUCCCCCCAGCAGGGUGGGAUCGGGGUUGGACGCUGCCGGGAAGGAUGCUCGGAGUCUGCUGUCUCCGGUGUCACCGGCUGGGUGCCCGCCCAGGGGUUGAGGUGACCCUGGGACCGGGUGCCCUAUGCCUGUAGGGCUGAGGAAUUUGGGGGUUGGGGGAGCUGCUCCCCAAAUCACCCAGAUCCGGGGUGCCCAGGAGGUGCCCCACGGCAGGGUCAGAUGUGCCAGCACCCGGAGUCCCGGGCUGUGGCACCACUGGGGACAUGGGGCUGGACCCCACUUAGGAGGCACCGCGGUGGCUUUUUGGGGGGCUCCUGGCGUGCUCGGGGAAGCCCCGGGGAGGGCGGCGGCUGGAUGGCGGCCACGCGGCACGAGCCGCUCUGUGCCCCGCCGGUGCCAGGGGAUGCUGGGAUGCCAGUGCCCGUGUGCCCAGAGCGCCCUGCCCUGAGCCCAGAGCCCAGCUGUGCCAUGGAGGAUCCGCCCAGCACCGGGACCGAGGUGUGGGCCGAGGGGCUCCAUAACGCCAACAACAACGCGUCCCCGGGGGGGUGGCCGGGUGCCCGUGGUGGGCACCCCCUGGCAGCUUUUGGGGGUCCCGGGGCCAAGCCCAGCUACCUGGACCGCGUGGUGCAGGAGAUCGUGGAGUCAGAGCGCACCUAUGCCCGUGAUCUGCGCAGCAUCGUGGAGGGUUACCUGGGCAAGAUCAUCGACGCAGAGGAGCCAGUGCUGCGGCCGGAGCAGGUCAGCGCGCUCUUCGGGAACAUCGAGGACAUCUACGAGCUCAGCAGCACUCUCCUGCAAAACCUGGAGAGCUGUGCCAGUGACCCCGUGGCUGUGGCUGUGUGCUUCGUCACCCGGAGCCAGGAAUUUGCCAUCUACACCCAGUACUGCAACAACUACCCCAGCUCGGUGGCGGCACUGACCGAGUGCAUGAGGAGCAAGGUCCAGGCGCGGUUCCUGCGGGAAUGCCAGGAGCGGCUGCGCCACGCGCUACCCCUUGGGGCCUACCUGCUCAAGCCGGUCCAGAGGAUCCUCAAGUACCACCUGCUGCUCCAGGAGAUCGCGAGGCACUUUGAGCACAAGGCGGGGGAUGACUACGAGCUGGUGCUGGAGGCCAUUGACACCAUGACCUGCGUGGCCUGGUACAUCAAUGACAUGAAGCGCAAGCAUGAGCACGCCAUCCGCCAGCAGGAAAUCCAGUCACUGCUGCUGGGCUGGAAGGGGCCGGACCUGACGACCUACGGGGAGCUGGUGCUGGAGGGCACAUUUCGGGCACAGCGGGUGCGCCAUGACCGUGCCCUCUUCCUCUUCGACAAGGCUCUGCUCAUCACCAAGCGCCGUGGCGACCACUACGUCUACAAGAGCCACAUCCCGUGCUCCUCGCUGAUGCUGAUUGAGAGCACGCGGGACUCACUGUGCUUCAGUCUGGCGCACUACAAGCAUGGCAAGCAGCAGCACAGCCUGCAGGCCAAGACUGUGGAGGAGAAACGCGUGUGGACUCACCACAUCAAGCGGCUCAUCCUGGAGAAUCACCAUGCCACCAUCCCCCAAAAGGCUAAGGAAGCCAUCCUGGAGAUGGACCUGUUCUACCCCCCGCGCCUGCCUCGCUGCAGCCCCGAGCGCCUGAAGAAGAGCUGGUCCUGUCAGCCCCUGGCUGAUGCUGCCUCCGAGCCACUCCAGGAACGCCGGCAGUCUGAGCCCUUCCAGCACCAGGGGCACACGGAGACGCUGCUGGAGCGGCUGCAGGGACACGGAGGGCGCAGGCAGUCGGGUGUGGACGGUGGACGGGAUCAGGGGGCUCGGGGUGCUGAUGAGAUGGGGGACACGGGAGUGAUGCCAGUGUCACCUCCCCUCCCCCCAGAGCCCACCAAGCACAACCUAUGGCACUUGGGCAAGCAAGGGCUGAAGAACACCAGCAGCGACGGGGUGCUCCUGGAAGUGGGGGAGCCUCCCCAGCACCCCAGAGCCUGGGCCGCGGCUGAGGGCAUGGUGGCAGAGGGAGAGGAGGAGGAAGAGGAGGCUUUGGGCAAGGAGUGCCAGGAGGAGCUGCCAGGGGCCGGGGAUCUGCUGUUGGAGCCCCAGGAGGAGCAGGCCGGGGGACACCCAUGGGUGCUGGAGGCACCCAAGCGGCCAAGCAGCUGGGGGCCGGGGAGCUGUGAGAAGGUCAGUGCAACCCCCCGGCCCUCACCCGGAGGUGCCCAGGGACCCAGCACCCAGCCCCCUAACAGCAGCGCUGGGGAGCACCCCAAGGUCCUGGGGGCUCCCAAAUCCCCGUCCCUGGUGGGGACCCUGGCACUGCCCAGUGGGGAUGGAGAACCAGAGCGUGCUGCAGAGGAUUUGCAGGUGCUGAGCAGCGAAGAGGAGGAGGAGGAGGAGGAGGGAGAAGGAGCAGCCAGCAUCCUGCCACCCUCAGUGCUGGACCAGGCCAGCGUCAUCGCUGAGCGGUUUGGUGGCGGCAGCAGCUUGUCCCGAAGGAGCAGCCUGGCCCUGGAGGGGCCCCUGGGACGCACCCCCAGCCACGGCGGCAGCACCCUCAGCCUGGACGGGGGCCCCCCAGUAGAAUCCGGGGAGCCUGGGGGGCCCCGCAGCGCCAUCCCCUCGCCUGAGCCCUUCACCAGAGCCCGCCGGGAAUCGCUGCUCUCCAACCGGGACCGCCUGCUCCUCGACAAGAUCAAGAGCUACUACGGCCAUGCCGAGCACCAUGACGCCGGUUUCGGGGUGCGCCGCCGCGAGAGCCUCUCCUUCAUCCCCAAGGGGCUGGUGCGGAGCUCCGUGUGCCGCCUCAAUGGGCUCCCGCGGCCCCCCGAGAGCCCUGAGCCCCCUGCCCAGCCCGAGGCACCAGAGACGUGCCAGGAGAAUGGGGCGCGGCCCCCCGAGAGCCCUGAGCCCCCUGCCCAGCCCGAGGCACCAGAGACGUGCCAGGAGAAUGGGGCGCAGCCCCCCGAGCCGCUGCUCAUCCUGGAGGAGGAUGAUGUGGGCACCGCGGCGUCACCCCCGGGGCCACCCCCGCAGCUGCUGCUGACGCCCCCUCACCUGGGCACCAAGGUGUACCAGCUGGCACGGCAGUACAGCCUCCGCAUCAAGAGCCGCCGUGCCGGCGCCCGCCGCCCCCCGCUGCCGCCGCAGGAGGACGGGGACCCCCCGCCCAGCACCCCUUCGCUGGUUGUGCCGCGGGACGGGGGCCUGGUGGCGUCCCCGUCCCCGCGUUCCUCCCGCAGCCCCUCGAGCCCCGUGGGCGCCGAACCCUUCGCCUGGCCCGACGUGCGGGAGCUCUGUGCCCGUUUCGGGGCCCCGCGGCCGCCGCCGGUGAGCCGCAGCCGCUCGGCGCCCGAGGGUCCCGGCCGCGGUGGGCGCCCGGCCGGGAAGGAGCGGGGCGGCGGCCGGAGCCGCAGCGCCGAGGCCAACGGGGGCUCCGACAGCCCGAGCCCGGCGCCAGCGCGGUACAGCAGUGACGGGGCGCUGUGGGUGGCGGCGGAAGCCCCCCUGGGCCCCGGGCAGCGGGUGCUGGUGCUGGAGCGGCUGCCGGAGCCCCCGGCCUACGUGCAGAUCCGCUCGCCCACCACGCGGGAGAAGAUCUGCCUGAAGGCGGUGGUGGAGCGCUGCAAAGCCUACCAGGCGUCCGAGGAGUACCGGCGGCGCUGCCCCGAGCCCCCCGGCACCCCCGAGCCGCCGCGCCAUGGCCUCGUCAGGGACCUGCGGCAGAAGUUUCAGACCCUCGAUGCUGCCAGCUAGGGGCAGGGACGGGCAGAAGAGGUGCCCUGUGGACCCUCACUGGAAGGACCACCCACGGACCCUCAGGAAGAGGAGCACCCCGUUGACCCCCAACCCUCCUGGGAGAAGGGUCACACCAUGGAGAAGGGUCACCCUGGGAGAAGGGGCACCGCAUGGACAUCCAACUUACCUGGAAAAAGGGGCCCUCAUGGCCCCCCUGCUUUGGAAGAAGGAGCCUUGUGGGAACCUCCAGUCUGCCCAGGAGAAGGGGCACUCCCAUGGACCCCCAGCCCUCCUGGAAGAAGGAGCACCCCAUGGACACCCAGGUUGUCCAGGAGAAGGGGCUCCCCAUGGACUCCCACAACCCAUCUGUCAGAAAGAGCACCCUGGGGACUCCCAACCUGCUCUGGACAAAGGACACCUCCUGUUCUCUCUGGCCACAGGACAUAGGGCACCCCAAGAACUUCCCACUACAAGCACCAGAGGCCCCCACGCCCUGCAGGCACUCAGCACCGCACCCCGCUCGCUUUCACAUCUUUAUUAGAAAAAAAACCCCAAACUGAACCCAAAGUUCCUCUCUGGUUGCCCACCCCCACCCCCCCCCCAGGGUGUCUCAGCCCGUGUGCAGGAUGCAGGGGGCCCCCCCACCCCGGCUGGGGGGGGGGGCACGGGGUGGGUGCCGGAGAGGGGCCCCCAUGGGCUGACACUCUUUGGUUGGUGCCCGCGGGGGCUGGGGGGUCCCCCCUCUGCACCCACACGCUUUGGGGGGGGGUUAUGGCUUUGGGGGGCACCCAGGCACCCCUCGUGCGGGUGCUGGGGGGUCCAUGCACACGUGUGGGGCGCACACCUGUGCCGUGCGUGCAGAGGGGGCCGGGGGUGCACCUGCAUGCGGGGACACACGUGUGCAGACGUGUGCGUGCAGGGACACGUGUGGGCACGGGGGGCACACGCCUGGGGGGCACCUGCGGCCGCCUCCGCGCAGGGGUGUGCCUGAAGCGUGUAAAUGUAUGUAUAUAUAUAAAUACAAAUAUAUAUAUAUACACCUGUGCA